GCUGUAUGUGGGAAUUUCAGAGAACCACUCAGACUCACGGUGAUCCAUCCCCACACACCCACAAAAGCAUUAAACUCCACAGAGAGGAACAAACACCCAAUCUCGUAAAGUUCUCUAAAUACAGAGGAUGGGGCCAACGGUGCCCUGCAUCCUCCUUCUGUUGUUUGCGGCUCUCCUUGCCCCAAUUCAGGCCUCUGCGGGUGAGUGAGGGAUGGAGAGAGAAAUUGUCUCUGCGGGGAGGAGCGAGGGCACCGGGCAGACACAGCACCACUGAAAGCCACGUCUCCGCCCUCUCCCAACUAGAUCUCCCCUCUUCCGGAGAUGGGGAGCCUCUGCCAAGUUCCCUUCUCCAAUCCUCAUCCUGAGCCCUGCGCCCUGCACCCUUCCCAGCAGGUGCAAAAGUACCCCGGUCUGACCCGGUGCAUGAUCACCGCGCUGCACUCCCAGGCUCACACGGCAUGAGGUAUUUCAUCACCGUCUUCUACAAUCCUGGCUACGACAAACGUCUUCGGUUCAUGGUCAUGGGCUACGUGGACAACACGCAGAUCUUGAGCUUUGACAGCGAGGUGAGCCAGCGAGUGGAGCCGCGGGUGCCAUUUAUGGCGCAAGAUCCAGAGCAUUUGGAGGAGCUGGCGCUUUUCGGCCGGCGCGUCUUAUUAAUUGGCCGAAUCGAACUUUGGACCCUGUUCGGCUUCCGUAGCCAGAAGGAGAAUGGUGAGUGAUCAUAGACUCAAAAGAUUAGCCUACAAUCUCGGCAUAUUACUAGGGCCAUGAAAAAAUACUUGGGUUAGUGAAAUCAGCCAAGUUCCGUCAUCCUGGAAAAGGUUGAGAAAAUGUAUUUGUGUUUCAUUUUAGUUUGAAAUAAGUUUUGAUCCAUCACGCUUAGGCUAUGUGUAUUGAGUGGGGCUAACCUAGGAGCUCCUACUGACCUCCCUGGCUGCAACAGGGUCUCACACUAUCCAGUGGCUGUGCGGUUGUGACACCGGGCCAGACCACCGCCUCCUCCGUGGGUAUAAGCGGAUGGCUUAU